GUAAAGUGUUAAAGAGUAAAACACUAAACACAUAAAUAUUAUCGUAUUCUUUAGUUUUAUGUUGAAAAAAUAAGUUUAAUAGAAAGUAUCUUCAGUGUAACAUAUUUACAAACAAAAAACAUGCAUUGAACAAGUGUACUAAAAAGUACACCAUGGAUUUUCGAACUGUAAUAAAUAAUGUAAGAAACUUUUUCAGUUCUCUUCAGUUUCAGCCCACCGGGUCUGAAAGAAAUAGAAAGAGAAGUGCUUUGGAUUCUAUUGAUUCAUGUAUGAGCCCUAAGAUCAGAAGAAUUCAGUCUAUUAACUUAGAUCGAGAGAAUUAUUAUAUGAGUCCAAAACCUUUGAGAAGACCGUCUGUAUAUAAAACUCCCCCUAGUAUAAAAAAGAUAGAAUCAGUAGUUCUAGAUGAUGACGAUGAAUAUGGUCUAAUUAGUAGUAACAAAUUAAAUGGAAACACUCUCAGCAGUAAUGCUAGGACUGGAAAAUUUACUUCUACUCCAUAUGGUAACAGUUUUAGUAAAAAAUCGGUAAAUGGAACAGAUAGUAAAGAUGUAUUAUUUGUUAAAGAAUUCAAACCAUCCAGUGAUGAAGAUGUAACAUUUGUCAAAGAACUCAAAUCAUCUGCACUAAAGAAAGCUGAGGCUCUAAGAAAAGGAUUAAACUAUAUACGACCAUACAGUGGAAGUAUUUCUAAGCCAAAAAUAGUACAGAAUGAACGACAGUUAAAAGAAAAAUAUAAUUCAUCAUUCGCAUUAUUAAACGGUACUUCAUCAUCCAAUAUGAAUUCUUCCAUACGCUUAAAUGAAAAAAAAUUAUAUAAAGAGAUACUGGACUCCACACAAUUUUUUACACCUAGAACAUCGUUUAACGAUUCUUUGUUGACUAGAAGAGGUAAAAUAAUGGCUGCAGCUUUAUCGCCCAUGUCUACAAAAGAUAGAAUUAAAAAGGUAUUAAACGAUUUUGAUAGCGAUCCAGUCGUAAUUAAGGAUUCAGAUUCUGAUUCUGACAUUGUUAUCGUCAAUCCUCCUUCACCGAAGCCUGAUAUUAAGGUUGAACCAGUCAAUAGCCUAAAGAACAUUAUCAAUUUUCCCGAGCAGAGCAAGAGUAAAUGGUUAGAUGAUAUGAUAAGUGAUCACCAACAACGCGCAGCUGCUAGGCAACGCGAGCUUCAGGAACUCAUGGGUUGUUCGCAACAACAUGAAAAAAUAAAUAAAGAUUUGCAUAUAGAAUUACUUUCGAACAAAAUCAACAAUGCAUUAAAAAUUAAAGAAGCUUUGAUCCCAUUACCGGAAAAGGAACCAGAAGUCGAACUACCGCCUUUAUCCGAUGAACAACUUAAAAAGGUCAACAGGGCCUUUAAGGGCGAUCCCAAUGAAGUUCUGAGUAGAAAGUUUAACCUCAACAUUACGCGACGAGACCUAUUAACGUUAUCAGGUUUAAAUUGGCUGAAUGAUGAAGUCAUCAAUUUUUACAUGAAUAUGAUUAUAGAAAGAGGAAAAGAUUCUAGGUAUCCAUCAUGCCAUGCAUUUAAUACAUUCUUUUAUACUAAAUUACUAAAAGAUGGCGCAGAAUCUCUGAGAAGGUGGACCAAAAAAAUUGAUAUUUUUGCUUGUGACAUAAUAUGCAUACCUAUACAUUUGAGUAUGCACUGGUGUAUGGCGAUUGUCGAUAUGCGAGCCAAAACGAUCAAGUAUUACGACAGUAUGGGUAAUAGCAACGACAAGUGUUUAAAUGCAAUUAAAGGAUACCUCGAAAAAGAACAUUUAGAUAAAAAGAAAUCAGUGCUGGAUACUUCAGACUUCGAAUUAGAAAAUGUUACAGACAUUCCACAACAAAUGAACGGUAGCGAUUGUGGAAUGUUUGCCUGUACUUUUGCUGAAUUUACUACAAGAAACGCCGCAAUAACGUUUAGUCAAGAACAUAUGCCCUAUCUGAGAAAGAAAAUGGUUGUAGAAAUAUUGGCGGGAGAACUUUUGAUAAAGUGAUUACAUUUUUUGUGUGUAAUUAUAUUAUUUUAAUUUAUUAUUAAAUUGAAAACUAGAUUUUUUAAAUUUAAGUAUAUCAUUUUUUGUAAGUAAACUUUAUAAAAUGUA